CUCUGGAACAAGGUGUUUUCUCCAAAGGCUCUCAUCUUCCUUUCUGAUGUCUACUCUUUGGAAUUAAGCAUUUCCUCCAUUCAGCCAUGAUCACUUCACUUUUCUCCAACCUUGGGUUUAUCUACUUGCUUCUGGUGAUCAUUCAUCUGAGCUUGAGCAGUCCUAUCAACCCCGCUGAGAACCAUCACAGGGCAUCACUUGGUAGUGUUGUGGUUGAUAAUCCACUGGUUGAUGCACGGGACUUUCUAAGCCAGUUUCUGUCUACGCUGAACCUCACAAAGCUGAGGCCCCAGACCCGGCAAAUUGCUGCUCACAAAGAGCCGCCAGAGUACAUGCUUGAGCUGUACAACCGAUUUGCUAAUGACCGGACUGCUGUGCCAUCAGCCAACAUUGUGCGCAGCUUCAAUAAUGAAGAUUCAUCCCCCUACGGUAUAACACCCAGGGGUAUAAGGAUAUAUCCCUUGCUGUUUAAUAUCUCCUUGCCUCACCACGAACGAAUAACAUUAGCUGAACUUCGACUUUUCACUUUGGUCUGGAAGGCCCAAAGACCAUCUGCUGGCUUUGAUUGCAAGGUGACAAUUUACAAAAUACAUGAGGGAGUUGUUUGGACUAAAGAGGUGGGGAAAGAAGGAAGAAGGAGGGGUAAAGAGGAGGUGUUGGAGAUGAAGGAUCUGGAGGAACUGGUGACAAAGCAUAUCCAUGCAAAAGAUAAUAGCUGGGUGUCAUUUGAACUGACGCAUGUGGUUACACUCUGGUGGAAGUCAGGGUGUGCAACUCACAGACUCGAGGUUCAUCUUGCAUGUAUGGGGUCAGAGGAUGAAGGGGCCACACAAGAGGCCACAGAGGAGGCAGAAACCUUGGUGGACAUUGACAGGAGCUUGGACGGGAAACAAAAUACAAUAAUGAUUGUGUUCUCAGAUGAUCAGAGCAGAGACCGCAAACAGGACAAACAAGAGCUCAUCCAAAUGAUUAACCACGAGAAUGACCUUCCUGAGAACAUGGGCAGGGGCCAAGAACCCUUCUGGGAGCAUGUUAAUCACAAGAACAGCCAUGCUAAACAGGACGAGCUAAACCAGCAGUCUCUCAUGCGACCGCGGUCCAACCUUAUCUAUGACGCACCUCCUCGAAUCCGUCGCAAUGUUAAGAGCGAGUCAUGCAAAAGAACACCUCUCUUUGUGGAUUUUAAAGACAUUGGCUGGGAUUCAUGGAUCAUCCAACCUCUGGGCUACGAAGCGUACAAGUGCAAUGGCGUAUGCAACCCGCCUAUGACUUCUGAGGUCUCCCCCACCAAACAUGCCAUAGUGCAGACGCUGCUGAGUAUAAAGAAUCCAGAUAGAGCACCGCGUGCCUGCUGUGUACCCACAAAGUUGGAGCCAAUCUCACUACUUUAUCACGAUAAUGGUGCGAUUACUUUCAACCACAAGUAUGAAGGAAUGGUGGUGGCAGAGUGUGGCUGCAGAUAGUCCUCAGAGUAUUACUUAUUACUAAGACUGUGUUGUGAUGGAUCUAAAAGUCAUCAUCUUAGAAACAUCUCUAUCUAUCUAUCUAUCUAUCUAUCUAUCUAUCUAUCUAUCUAUCUAUCUAUCUAUCUAUCUAUCUAUCUAUCUA